UAAAACUGCUAAAAGCUGCCUGCAGUCAGCCUGUUUGAGGAUUAAUACAAAUUGAAGCCACCAUAGCUGAAGCCUGUCGACAACCAAAGCUGAGAAUCUUAUUUUAAAAGUGCUGUAGAUGGCAGAGGAAAAUGUUGCUGUCGACUGCUUUACAGAAGUCCUUGUGGGGCAUUCGGAUACCAUUCUCAGAAGAAGUUAAACACUUGGCUUUAGCGAUUUCCUUGUUUCUUUUUCUUAUUUCCAUCUGUAUUUUAAUAUGGCAAAUCCAUCGAUACUGCACACAACAGACUGCUUCCAAGCAUGCUGUUUAUUGUUCACAAUCAGACAGCCAGUCUGCAAAAAGUGAAAUGUUUCAAAACUCGCAGAUGACCAACAACCAGCUGUAUCUCCUGCAUGAUGAAGAGAGACCCUCCUACCUGAACAGCAGCUCUGAUCUGGCUGGCAGUACAGACAGUCUUGGGAAUGUGGAUGAGGAACACAUUCAAGGGACGCUACGUUUCUCACUCUUCUAUGAUCAGCUGCAGUCUCGGUUGGUGGUGACUGUAUUGGAGGCAAGAGGCCUUGCAACACGUGCAUUCAGCCAGAGUGUGGACCCAUUUGUUCAUGUAAAAGUGCUAUGGGUAGCAGUGGAGGGUAAAGAGCAAAAGCAAAGUUGUGUACUUCAGGAGUGGCAGACACGCCCAGUCAAAGACAGCUGCAAUCCUAAAUUUGGGGAUCAGUUCUUUUGCACAGUGACUAAGGAAGACGUGCCCAUGAUCACAGUGCGGCUAGAGGUGAGGAAGAAGGUGAGAGAUUUUGAUAAAUACUCCCGACAUGGUAUCCUGGGGGAGGUCCGUGCAUCUCUGGAUGGUCUAAAAAUCUCAUAUCCAUUGGAAAUGCAGGCAGACCUACAAAAACCAAAGAAAGACAUUGUUGGUCAGGUCCUUCUGUCUCUCAAAUAUAUGCCUACGUCUCAUAGACUAGAGGUGGGAGUCCUGAAGAUCCGGACAGUUUUCCAGUCUAGUAAGGUGAAAAGAGCUUUAUAUGCCAAAACCAAAAUUGUGUGUAACCAGUGCAGGAUUAGACAUCAGAGAACCACUGAGAGGAUUUUUUCAGACAUGACUGUGUUCAAUGAGGUCCUGAUCUUCAGAUUACCAGAAGGUCAGAUUAAUGAAUUCACCCUCGUUUUGUCUGUCUAUGAGCUCUGUCGUCGAAAAAUAUCCAAGCGUCUAAUUGGUCAACUAAGCUUUGGGAAGACUGAAAGCAUGGAGGACGAGCACUGGAGGUUAAUGAUGAAUGCACUUCGACAGCCAGUAGCCAAAUGGCAUUUUCUCUACUUGUAAAUGUAACCACACCAUGGACUUAACACAAUGAACAGUAUUGUGUUAUUAAGGUAAUAAUAAAAACAACAUAAGGUAGAAACACCAGCGAAUUGUACAAUAAUUAAAUGUUAAAAAUGUAUUUAAAAAACCCAAAGAUUUGUUUUCCCAAAAAUCUUUCAUAAAGCACAUCCUGCAACAUCUUCAUAAAUUUAAGGCAUGGGCUUUUUGAUCAAAACAUUUCAUUGUCCAUUAUUGUUUUUUAGUAAAUGAUCAUCAUUUAUCUAAAUUCUUUUUUAAAGAUUUAUGCUGUAUAAUAAUUUAUAUUUUUAUUUUCUUUUGGACCACAAGGCAGAAAUCGCAGUACACUGAAUUAAAAAAAAAACUGUCAAAAAUGGAAUAACAAUGUACUUAUAUGAAAUUUAAAUAAAUGCAAAAAUAGUAGUGUAAAAAAUAUACACAAAAUAUAUUUGAAAGCAGCUGACAAUAUUUACAGUUAGAUAUGUAUUGUAGUAUUGUAAAUAAGAUUGUAUGCCUUUUACAAAUGUUUACACAUUACUGUUAAAUGUACUUUUGCUUAGAAGUUAAUUUCAUACAAUAAAUAUGCUCGUUAGACACA